UUUAAAAACAACGUAUGUCAAAUUAGUCACUUUUUUAACCGUUCGUUCCACUCCUAACUUUCAUGCGCAUGCGCGUUCCCAGUUCAGUUAACACAGAGGCACGAUGGCUGCGGACAGUACCCUGCUGCUGUCUCUGGUGGAGGAAUUUGUCUCGGGACUACAGGACAGCAAGGCCAAAGAAACAGCAACGUGUGUCAAAGAUGGACAGUUUACAAUCCUGCAGCUGGUGGAAGCUCUGGGACCGAGCCUAACCAGCUCCCAGCCUCACACCCGAGCCAGAGGAGUCCAGCUCCUCGCUGACGUUUUACAGGAUUGCUAUGGAGGUCUCACAGAGAGAGAAGUGGAAGUGCUCAUUGCCUUCUUUGAAAACCGUCUCAAGGACCAUUAUGUCAUCACACCGCCGGUUUUACAGGGACUCAGAGCGCUGACAAAAUGUACAGUUUUGCCUCCUGGCUCCGCUGUGUCCAUGCUGAGGUCUUUGUUCCAGGAUGUCCAUGUUCAGUCUUUGAUGCUGGCCGAGAGAGCGUGCGUCUACAACAUGCUCAUCAACCUCAUGGAGACCAGAGAAGCCGAGCUGAAGGGUUUGGGGCCAGACUUCGUGUUCGGUUUUGUCCAGUCGAUGGACGGAGAGCGAGACCCCCGCAACCUCCUGUUGGCCUUCCAGAUCGCCAAGAGCGUCGUCCUCCGAGGUUACGAUCUAGGUAAAUUCACCGAGGAGCUGUUCGAGGUGACGUCCUGCUAUUUCCCCAUUGACUUCAGCCCCCCUCCCAACGACCCUCACGGCAUCACCAGAGAGGAGCUCAUCCAGAUGCUGAGGGACGCCCUCACCGGGACGCCGCGGUUUGCCGAGUUUCUGCUGCCGCUCAUCAUUGAGAAGCUGGACUCUGAUGUUCCGAGUGCGAAGCUGGACUCGCUGCAGACUCUGAUCGCUGGCUUGUCGCGAUAUCAACACAAGGACGUGGCGGAGUUCCUGGAGGGACUGUGGGCGUCGCUGCGGAGAGAGGUGUUUCAGACGUCGAGCGAGAAGAUCGAGUCGGCCGGCCUCGCCGCUCUCACCGCGCUCACUUCCUGUCUGUCUCGCUCGGUGCUCCACUCCGACGCCGAGGACGCCCUCAGCAGCUUCCUGCAGCUCGUUCUCAAAGACUGCAAACCCCACCUGAGUGAGCCGGACCUGAAGCUGGUGUGGCCCAGCGCCAAGCUGCUGCAGGCCGCCUGCAGCGCCUCCAACCGGGCCAGCCACAUCGUGACGGGCGCCGCCAUGCCGGCGCUGGUGGAGCAGUACAACAGCAGAGCGCAGUGUUCCCACAGACGGACGUUGCUCGAGGUGGUGCAGCGAUUUGUUCAGUCGGCGAAGACCUGCGACAACGAAGAGAGUGUGUUCCUGGCCUUCCGGCCGUCUCUGUGCAGCAUGGUGUUUUCAGCUCUGACGGAGACCGACUCCAGCCUGCGGAUCACGGCCACCUCUGUGCUCGCCUCGCUGGCUCAACAAGCGGGUCUGCUGCUAGACUCUGACGUGGAGCUGGCGGUGGACCACCUGACCAGACUGCUGCUGACGGAGGAGGACGACAAAGUCAGUCUCGCCGUGGUGGAAUGUGCUGGAGCCUUAGCGGCGCUGCACCCCGAGGUUUUCAUCUCUAAAAUGAUCCCACGGCUAAAGAACGAGAUGUUUUCUGAGCCGGCGGACCGAGGCGACAACAGAGUAGCUUCUGAGACGCCUUCCCAUCAUGCAGUGCGGCGGCGGUGUUUGUCGGCUCUGGCCGCCGUGUCCUCUCGACCUGCCGUCGUCCAGGUGACCACGCCCGUCCUCCUGGAGGUCCUGAGCGCGGCACACACGGGUGGUGUGGGUGGUGUCGUCUUCUCCGUGGAGGAGGUGGUGCUGGCGUGUCACAGUCUCCAGAGGAUAGCCCAGCAGGUCGAGGACACCGAGGAGACGGGCCGAUGCUUCCACGACGUCAUCGUCCCGCGCCUGCUGUCUCUGGCCCUCCAGGCAGCGCUGCAGGGCGAGGGGUCACCUGCAGGUCGCAGUCCUCUUCUGGAGGAGGAGGUCCUGUUGGCCAUGGUGCCCGUCAUCAGCACCUCCUGCUCCCGUCUGCAGCCCACGCUGGCGGGCCAGACGGCGUCCAGGGCCGUGUCUCUGUUCCUGGACGGGGACGUUUCCUUUUUGCCCGGCAACUCGUUCCCGUCAAACAUCCAGCUGCUCAAGCAGGCCGACUCGUGGAGCCGGUCCCAGAUGGUGUGUCUGCUCCUGGGAUGCGUGUGUUCGUUGCCUCGCAGCGUGGAGGUGCCUCGCGUCGAUGACCUGAUGGCAGCGCUGGAGGAGAUGAGCUGCACCUGCAGCCGCCCGCUGGCCUACACCUCGGCCGCCAAGUGCUUCGCCGGUCUGGCUAACAAGCGGCCGCCGGGGGAUUCUCUCGACAGCCUCAUUCAGAGGACCGUGAAGCGGGUGUGUGGCGAGCUGGACUCGGCGUCUUCACCUCUACGCACGCAGGCCUUCACCCUCUUGAUCUGGGUUGCCAAGGCCCUGCUCCUCCGGUACCACCCUCUGUUCACCACCCUGACUGACAAGCUCUUCUCUCUGCUCGACGACGCCGCUCUGGGUCCGGCGGCGGCCGACGGCUUCUGGCUGCUGAUGAGCGACUCCGUCGACAUCCUGAACCGUGGUUGCCACGGCGACGUCCGCAUCAUGUACCGCCAGCGCUUCUUCAGCGAGAAUUCGGCUAAGUUGGUCCGCGGCUUCAACGCCGCACCGCAAGAGAAGAAGCCCAACUACCUGAAGGCGCUGUCCAACAUCGUCAACAAGCUGCCCAAGGAGGUCCAGGUCACCGAGCUGCCGGCGCUGCUGUCCCUGCUGCUGGAGGCCCUGCUGUGUCCCGACCCGGGGGUCCAGGCCUCCACCCUGUCGUGUCUGGAGCCCGUCCUCGCCGACCCGCCGCCGGCUCUGGUGCAGCAGCUGGAGGCGCUGGUCAGCCGGCUGCUGGCCCUCACCGGCAGCCCCGCCAUGGUGAGUGAGGGGGAGGGGCUGCCCCGCCAUGAGCGUGAGGAUCUCCUCGCUGCGCUGCAUCCACGCCGUCUCCUCCUUCCCCGCCCACGAGGUUUUGCCGUUUCGGACCCGAGUUCUGCGAGCGCUGGCCCGACCGCUGGACGACAGGAAGAGGCUGGUGAGGAGGGCGGCUGUGAGGGCCAGAACCGACUGGUUCCUGUUGGGAAGUCCUGGAGGAAGUUGAUUCUGCUCCUGAAACACAACCAGUCUCAUCCUGGAAGAACACUCAGUGGGAAAGUGGAACCUCGUGGACCAGACGAUGCCCCCCGCCCCCCCCCACACCCCUUUGGAUCUUCCAGCAUCCCUCUAUCCUCAUUACCCACCUGUUCAGCUAGAGUCCCGCCCCCUUCAUCCUUUCCCCCCUAUGACAUGUUUUUGUUGUAACCGUCUGUAUCGUGAACGCACAAACUGAGAGUAUGUGGCGCCGAAUGUUUAAUACGUGACGCAUUUUAGGAAGAUGUUGGGAAAUAGGAAAUGCAUCUUAAAUCCACCAAGGUGUCCGACUCAUAUCAUAUUUCUGCUUUUUCUGUAAAAAUUAUCCAAGAAAUUAGAUAAUUAAGCAAGAUCUUUGACAUUCCAGCCAAACAGAGAGAAUGAUGUUCUAAAAUUAAAGGAUAGCUCUUAUACGUUGAAUGUGUGAACUCCCGUACACUCGCUGAAUGAUAACGUCGUGAACUGUGGGGACAGUUUAUUUUCUUUACUUCAUUAACAUUUAGAUAAUUUGUGCUGCUGGAAACAUCAAAGACCUUCACAUAAAGAUGAGCAGCACUUAGCCGGCAGGCAGCCUUUAGUCUCAUCUGGAUGAAUGUAACUGAUCAGUAAUGUCCAUUAACAUCGGGGUGUUUGAUUCAUGUCACUGGUGCGCCAGCUGGGGGGUUAAGAUGAGAAAAUGAGACCUGGGGAAAUGUGGUUGUGCCAAUAGUCGUCCGACUCAAUGCGUCGCCCUCCACUGAUCAUUUAUAUGAUCAAAUAAUGGAAUACCUUUGUCGAGGUUUACGUACGUUGAAGUAAGUUAUGUGACCAAUAACUCACGUUAAGGAAACAGUAUUUAAAAUGUCAUUAAAAACCUUUUCUUUGUAAUUAAACUUCAUUUAAUGUCA